UCAAUUUUUUACCAUGAACCAGGCAUCAGCCAUGCUUGUGUUCUCUCUCCUCCUCAUAAACCUCUUCACCUUCACCAUUUCACAUUCCACACCCUCUCUCUCUCUAAACUCAACAGACCAACAAGCUCUUUUCUCCUUCAAAACCCACAUAACCCAAGACCCCAACAGAGCUUUGGACUCAUGGAACCACACCAUCUCUCUCUGCAACUGGAAAGGAGUUCUAUGUGACCCCAUUACACAGAGAGUUCGAGCUCUAGACCUCCAUGACUUGAGCUUGCAAGGCACCAUUACACCACAAAUAGGUAACCUCUCUUCUCUUGAGACUCUCUUUCUUCAAGAAAACAACCUUCAAGGUUCUCUCCCUCUAGAGAUUGGUUCUCUAUUUGAAUUGCAAACACUGAACCUUAGUUUCAAUUCACUCAGUGGAAAUAUUCCAGCCAGUAUUACCAAGUGUUCUAAGCUCAGAGUAUUGAAUCUCCAUGAAAACCAAUUUAGAGGAAGCUUUCCAAGUGAAUUUGAUCAGUUAAAAGACCUUGAAUUCUUAAGCAUUUAUAAUAACAGGUUAACAGGAAACAUCCCACCUUCAUUAGGCAACCUCACUUCUCUCACAUUCCUCUCUCUUUCUAGAAACAGGUUCUAUGGAACCAUACCAGAGAGCUUGGGCAAGCUCAAGAAGCUAUGGAAGUUACAGCUCUGUGGAAAUAAUCUUACAGGAACCGUUCCUCCUUCUCUCUACAAUAUAUCAUCUCUCCUCUACUUUUCGCUCACUAACAAUAAGAUUCAGGGGAGCUUGCCUCAUGACAUGGGCUUCAAGCUCCCCAAUCUACAAGAGCUUCUCUUUGGUGGGAACCGAUUUCAUGGGGUUUUUCCAGUUUCUUUGACAAAUGCUACUGGUUUCAGGGUCCUGGACUUAUCAGCUAACAAUCUUGUUGGGCCUCUGCCAUUAAUGUUCGGGAAUUGGCCGAAUCUUACUCGUUUGAAUCUAGAGAGAAAUGGGUUCUCUAGUUCAGAGGAAAAAGGCUUGAGCUUUAUUGAUUCUCUCUCUAAUUGCACCAAACUAGAGAUAUUAUCGGUGUUUUCGAAUAGGUUGACUGGUAUUUUGCCUGGUUCUGUUUCUUCUCUCUCUACCCAACUCUCACAGUUUCUUAUGGGAGAUAACCAUAUAUCAGGUUCUCUUCCAACUGACUUAGACAAGCUCAUAAAUCUCAAAUCUCUCGAUUUAAGCUCAAAUCUAUUAUCUGGAACUAUUCCAACUAGUAUUGGUAGUCUAAAGAAUUUGCAGAUAUUGUUUUUGAAUAAGAACCAAUUUUCAGGAGAAAUCCCAUGUUCAAUUGGGGAGAUCACUGGCUUAACCAAGCUUGAUUUGAGUAACAAUAGGCUAUCAGGAAGAAUUCCAAAGAAUCUCGGAAGAUACCGAAAUAUCAUGAUCCUUAGCCUCUCUGCAAAUGAGCUCAAUGGAACCAUCCCAGAAGAAAUUUUCAGUCUCUCUAGCCUGGCAGAAGCCUUAAACUUAUCUUCAAAUUCUCUAAGUGGAAUCUUGCCUCUGCAAUUUGGGAAUCUUAACAUGGUUCAAGCUAUCGAUCUCUCGAGAAAUCGGAUAUCGGGCCGAAUUCCCGAUACAAUUGGAAAUUGUGUAGGCCUGCAAUCUCUGGAUUUGCAUGGGAACUCAUUUGAAGGCCCGAUUCCUGAUUCUAUGACAAAAUUGACUGGUUUAACUGAGCUCGAUCUCUCUUCGAACCAUCUAUCAGGGAGAAUCCCAGAGCCUCUGCAAGAGCUUCAGUUCCUUCGUAGCUUGAAUCUCUCUUACAACAAUCUCGAAGGAGAAAUUCCGGAAGGUGGGUCUUUCAAGAAUCUUAAUUCAACAUCAUUCUUAGGAAAUUCCAGGCUCUGUGUUGUUAGAGAGAGAGAGAACUUGCCUCUAUGCUCAGGGUCAAGAGCCCCUAAAAAUGAUGAGAAAAGGGUAGGCCUCACUGAAUCGAUCCUCAUUAUUUGCUCUCCAGUUGUUGCAGUUAUCAUAUUUGUGACGGUUUAUUUGUUCGUGAGAAAGGAAUCGAGCAAGGUUUCCUCAGAGCCAGAUUUAAUGGAGGAGGACUAUCAGAGAAAGAUCUCAUAUGAAGAGCUCUACACUGCAACUGAUGCUUUCAGUGAAUCGAGAUUAAUGGGUAUCGGCAAUUUUGGUUCAGUAUAUGAGGGGAUCCUAAAUGAUGGACUAAAAGUUGCAGUCAAGGUCCUAAAUUUACGGAGGCAUGGAGCUUUCAAGAGCUUUAUUGUGGAGUGUGAAACUCUGAGAAAUGUCAGGCACAGGAACCUGGUGAAGAUAAUCACCUCGUGCUCGAGCAUCGAUUUCAGAAGCAAUGAGUUCAAAGCUCUCGUGUUUGAAUUGAUGUCGAACGGGAGCCUCGAAAAUUGGCUCCACCCAUUCGAGGGUUCUAGUGAGAGAAGUCAAUUGAUGAGCUGCAACAACUCAAUGAGUUCUAGUGAGGGAAUUCGAACCUGCAAUCCCUCAGUGAAUUCCAGUGAGAGAAUUCAUGAGCACACCUCAAAUCAGUUAAUGGUUAUCAGUGAGAUGAAUUAUAAGUGCAUUUCUGAUCCCUCUCCAAUGAGUUCUAAAGAGAGAAUUCAAAGGAACGCAUCCAAUUCGUUCAUGGGUUGUAGAGAGAGGAUUCAAGAGAACAUUUUGAACCAGAGCUUGAGCCUUAAUCAGAGGCUCAACAUAGUGAUGGACGUGGCUUCAGCCAUGGAUUAUCUGCACAAUGAUUGCCAAAACCCGAUAAUCCACUGUGAUUUGAAGCCAAGCAAUGUGCUCUUGGAUGAUUCCAUGAAUGCACAUGUUGCAGAUUUUGGACUAUCAAGAUUCUUACCUGCUCCAGAUCUACGGACCAGCACUCUUGGGCUUAAAGGAUCAGUUGGUUACAUCCCUCCAGAGUAUGGACUAGGGGGAGAGGUAUCAACAGCUGGAGAUGUUUACAGUUAUGGAAUUUUGUUACUUGAAAUUUUCACAGGGAAGAGACCAACAGACAACAUGUUUACUGAUGGUUUGAACCUACCCAACUUUGUUAGUCUCAAAUUUCCUGAUCAAAUAAUGGAGAUUAUUGACUCAAGACUAGUGGAAGAGGUGGGUGGCAGAAAAAGCACAGGAGAUGGCAGGACCAUGUCAAAGAAAAGAAAAUGGGAGCAAAGCUUGGUUUCAUUGAUUAGAAUUGGCUUGAUGUGUGCCAAAGAAAAUUCUAAAGAGAGAAUGAAUAUGAGAGAAGUGGUGAAAGAAUUGAGGAAGGUUAAAGUCAUGGGGGACAUUUGAAAGGGUCUUGUUUGAAGUCAUGAGGUUUCAUAAUAUAACUUAUAAAAGAUAGUAUGAGAUGGAGAAAAUUGUUUUUUUUAUGUUA